AUGGCUGCAUGUAAAUAUUGCACCUACAAAUGUCUGUGUAUUCAUUCAUCUUCGGCUUUGGGUUCUCAUGUAGCUUCAUUUUACAAGGUCAUGGUAGGGGACUUCUCCUCUCAAUUGGAAAUCCCUGGCGAGUUUGCAGGCGGAAUGAAUUGUAAAACUGCGAUUCUGAUGGGGCCAAGUUGUAAUUUGUGGCAUGUAAAUGUAAAAUUCGGCUCUACUGGUGCUGCUGCUUUUACAGAUGGAUGGCAAGCUUUUGUUUCUGACAAUCGUAUAAGAGCAACAGACAUUCUUGUUUUCAGGCAUGCCAGGGAUAUAGAUUUUGUUGUGCAAGUCUUUGGUGCAAUUCCACGUGAAAAUGAACAUGAUCAUCCUCAACAAGAAAUUUGCAGUCAAAACAAGGAAAUUGAAAUUGUCUUAGUAGAUUCUUCCACUUCCACGUCGUCUGCACUUCCAAACGUUGAAUCUCCCUCAUUUAUGAGGGAUAAUUCAGUUGUCAACCCUGGGAAAAGUACAGAAGCAAUGUUUUCAUUGACCUUAACCAAGAGUGCAACAUCCCAAAAUUUUCACCUCACCAUUCCACGUGAUUUUGGAGAGCGGUGGUUACCAAAAAAGAGAGUAGAAGCAAGAUUUGUGCAUCACAAGAAUCCUGGAGAAUGGCGGCAUAUGGUGGGAGUGUUUAAUAAAGGAAAGACAUAUGGAGUAAGAUGGAAAGAAUUUGCCAUCGAUAAUAAGCUGCGUAAAGGAGACAAAUGUGUUUUUAAGUUGAUAAACGCAGUCAACUACAUUUUCAUGGUCUAUGUUAACACACAAGAUUUGUAA